UUUUUAUUCUAAGCACGCACGUCUAUCCAUUAAUUACGCAGUUCGUACACGCACAUGCAUCGAUCGCUGCACUACGUUGUGUAUAUAUAUACAUUGGCAAGCUGAGCUAAGAUAGUCAUCAAGAGCUGAAAAAUCUUCGUCUUCAUCAUGCGCCAUUUUGAGCUCCUCCUCUUCCUCCUCCUCUGCUCGCCGUGCCUCUUCUCAGUCUCCGAUGGGAGGACGGUGCGGCCCGCGAAACGGGGCGCCCCGUCGCCCCCCAUUCGGGCGGUGAACCUUGGAGGUUGGCUCGUCACGGAGGGCUGGAUCCUUCCCUCCCUCUUCGACGACAUUCCAAACAAAGACCUCCUGGAUGGAACCCAGCUGCAAUUCAAGUCGGUGACGCAGAACAUGUACCUGUGCGCCGAGCAGGGCGGCGGCACCAUCCUGGUGGCGAACCGGACGAGCGCCUCGGGGUGGGAGACCUUCAAGCUGUGGAGGAUCGACGAGGACACGUUCGACCUCAGGGUGUUCGACAACCUGUUCGUCACCGUCGCCGGCGACGGGGUCACCGUCGUGGCGACGGUGGCGUCGCCGGGGCCCGGGGAGGCGUUCCAGAUCGUGCGCAACGGCGACAAGACUCGCGCGCGCAUCAGGGCACCCAAUGGCAUGUUCCUGCAGGCGAAGACAAGCGACUCAGUUACAGCAGAUUAUGAUGGGGAGACAAAUUGGGGCGACGAUGACCCCUCUGUGUUUGUGGUCACUAGGGUAGGCGGUCUACAAGGGGAGUACCAAAUAUGCAAUGGAUAUGGUAAAGCAAAGGCCACACAAGUGCUCAGGGAACACUGGCGCACAUACAUAGUUGAGAGCGACUUCAAGUUCAUAUCAACAAGUGGGCUAAACGCAGUGAGAAUUCCAGUUGGAUGGUGGAUUGCUAGCGACCCCAAUCCUCCUGCUCCUUUCGUUGGAGGAUCCCUCCAAGCCUUGGAUAAUGCAUUCAAAUGGGCAGAGAAGUAUAAUUUGGGAGUCAUUGUGGACCUGCACGCUGCACCUGGGUCGCAGAACCCGUUUGAGCACAGUGCCUCCAGAGAUGGUUCACAGGACUGGGGCACCACGGAUGCCAACAUCGCCCAAACUGUCCAAGUCAUCGAUUUCCUCACACACAGAUACGCGAGUAGCCCCAGCCUCCUGGCCGUGGAGCUCCUGAACGAGCCACUGGCACCCGGGGUGACUCUCCCGGCUCUCAUGAGAUACUACAAGGACGGCUACAACGCCGUCCGCAAGUACACCUCGACGGCGUACGUGGUCAUGUCCAACCGCCUCUCCGCCAGCAACACGGAGCUCCUCGGCUUCGCCGCCGGCUUCCCCGGCGCCGUCCUCGACGUCCACUACUACAACCUCUUCACCAGCAGCUUCAACGGCCUCACCGUCGACCAGAACAUCGACUACGUCAGGACCAACCGCUCCGACGAACUCAGCACCGUCACAAGGCCGAAUGGGCCGCUGACGUUCGUGGGAGAGUGGGUGGCUGAGUGGAAUGUGCAGGGAGCAUCUAACCAGGAUUAUCAGAGGUUUGCACAAGCCCAGCUAGAUGUUUAUGGACGAGCUACCUUCGGAUGGGCCUAUUGGACUUACAAGAACGUCAACAACCACUGGAGCAUGCAGUGGAAUAUCCAGAAUGGGAUCAUCUCUCUCAAAAGCUAGAAAUAAUGACUAAUAAUUAAAUAUGUCUCUAGUUAUCACCAAUUAGAACACGUAAAUAAGCCUAACCAAGGCCAAUUAGUGAGUAAUUACUGUUGCCUAAUAAUUGGAAAUGUGUAUGUACUUGCAGUCAUAUGUAAUCCGUGAGCAAAUAAGACGUUGCGGAAGCGCAGAUAAAACGUCAGGUACUCAGGUUGAGUGUAACUUUCUCUUGUGAAGCUGAAUUAAAGAAAUAAAGAUUCUUCUUCCUAGAUGCUUACAUUAA